GAUGUGGCUUCAUGAGCUUUAAAUGUCCCCCCGGUUAAUCACAACUACAUUUUUUUCUGCAUGUUUUUGCAAUUGAAACAGUGCAGGACGACCUCAGCAGUGCGACACUUGUCUGAUUUCACAUGGUAACGCGAGACUUUACCGGCAAGGAUUAAAUAAGGAAACGGGAAGCAGGAGGAGAAACAGAUGAAUUCAUCCAGCCGACCUUUCCCGUUGCUGUUUGUGUGCUUCAGACGGGUUUGAUUAUCUUUCAUGGAUGCAACAGAUUCCUGAGCAGACACAAUGACUACGGAGGCUGCAGCCUCCACACCCACUGCCAUAAGCAAUACCUCGGCCAAGAGAGACUACUACUGGAUUCGCUCCUUCGUAGCUGGAGGCUUAGCAGGAUGCUGUGCCAAGACGACCAUUGCUCCUCUGGACAGAGUCAAGAUUCUGCUUCAGGCCCAGAACCCGCACUACAAACAUCUGGGAGUGAUUUCCACUCUCAAAGCUGUGCCAAAGAAAGAAGGCUACCUUGGCCUGUACAAGGGUAAUGGAGCAAUGAUGGUUAGGAUAUUUCCGUAUGGAGCCAUCCAGUUCAUGGCCUUUGACAAUUAUAAAAAGCUGCUAAGCAAACAACUCGGGAUCUCUGGACACAUUCACCGACUCAUGGCAGGAUCUUUGGCAGGGAUGUCUGCAGUGAUAUGCACCUACCCCCUGGACAUGGUUCGAGCCAGGCUGGCCUUCCAGGUGAAAGGAGAGCAUCGCUACACUGGAAUUGCCAACGCCUUCCACACCAUCUACCUUAAGGAAGGGGGCUUCUUGGGCUUCUACAGGGGACUCACUCCAACACUUAUUGGAAUGGCCCCUUAUGCAGGUUUUUCAUUCUUUACCUUUGGUACCCUGAAAAGCCUCGGCUUGAAACAUUUCCCGGAGAUGCUGGGACGUCCCUCCUCAGACAACCCAGAUGUCCUCAUCCUGAAAACCUACGUCAACCUGCUCUGUGGAGGGGUUGCCGGUGCCAUCGCUCAGACAAUAUCGUACCCCUUGGAUGUGGCGAGGAGAAGAAUGCAGUUAGGAGCUGUGCUUCCUGACUCUGACAAGUGUGUAUCACUGAGCAAGACCCUGUCGUAUGUGUACAACGAGUAUGGGAUCAAGAAGGGAUUGUACCGAGGCCUUUCUCUCAACUACAUCCGUUGCAUCCCCUCCCAGGCUGUGGCCUUUACUACCUACGAGUUCAUGAAGCAGGUCCUCCACCUGAACUAGCUGUUGUUUUUCUACCUUCCAAGUCAUUAAGCAGACCUCAUAGAGUGAUCUGAGGCUUACUCACUUCGUCUUAAACCCUUCAGUGUGGGCAUCGCCUUUUUUUGUUUUGCCCUGACUUCACUGAAGGUUGCAGGGAAGUCAGUUAAUGCUGAAAGAGGAAACUGGAUCUCGGACAGAAAGGCACUCCGUCUCUGUGCUAUUUCGUCCCCUCUUACUUCCUGCUUUUUUGACUUGCCACCUCUUGAGAGAUGAUUUACUCAACCUCUCACGACAUGUGGCUUGACUUUGAGCAACUCCCUCAUCAGUGUCUCCAUGGAUACAGCAGACAGCAGCACCGUUGGUGUGGCUUGGUCGGAUGGCUCAUUCCAACAUGUGUGUGCUCUUUUAUGUUGUUGGCAACAAUGCAGCAACCCACUAAUAUUGUAAAAGCCCUCUCGUUCACACACCCACUCGUCUGUUUCUGCCUCUUUCAUGACCUGCCGAAGAGAUUUUAAAAUCAGACGAAAAUGAGAAAAUUCAUUAUAAAGAAGAAAACUUGGUGAUGUGCAGUUACAUCACUCUUAAACACUUCUUUAUGGUUUAACUGGUACCCGGUUUGAUAGUUGUGUGUCAUUGCUUCUUAGGUUAUUGUUGAAAGGUAUUUUAAAAUGAAUCGGAUGAUUUCUAAUGUUUAUUUAGGGUGUAGUGUGUCUGUAGGUACUGUGGUUCUUGCAGCUUUGGGAUGCAGUCAUUUGUUUGUGCAUAGUUGCCUUUGUCUUCUACAUUAAUUUAAAAUCAAUUAUUAACAUUUUUUUGUAUACAGCAGGUCUUUAUUAAAAAAGACCUGGUUUACACAUUAUUUCAGUUUGUUUUUUUUGUUUUUUUGCCAAACCUUGAAUGGAGCAAUUAUGGUUCGCUUUUUGAAUUACUGGUUCUUUAAUGCGUGCACAUAGUCUGUACUUUUUGGUACUGAAUUAUGUACAUUAAUGCUCUGCUGUAAUCAGAGAGAUACUGAGUUAUUGUGACUUCUUGAGAUGUCAGCAUGUGGAUUGUAUCAUGGAUGUAUUUCUGACACCUCCAGACAGACACACUUGGUAGAGGGGACUCAGGAGAAAUUUGCACUUCAUACUGUAACUGUAGCUUUGUCUUUUUUUUAUUUAUUGAUUUAGCUGCCUGUUGCCACUGGGUGGCAGCAUUUAACAAAAAUGAUAUUGUUUACCAUCAGAGCUGGACUUCACAGUCAUACAGAUUUCACAAAUCUCUUUAUCAAAUACGAGUCAAAUUAUGAUUUUGUCCUCUUUUGCUUAACAAAAGCAAGUUGUUAGACUUGCAGUAAUAUAUGCAGUUUUUAACUGGAGCUAUUAUAUGGCUGAUUGCCUUUACUGCUCCAGGAAGGCUGAACAUUAAAUACUGAAUGGAGAAAAGUGCGCUGCAGGCCUUGAGAUGAGUGCCUGUGUGUCUUAGUUAGUCAUAUUUGAUUGUUGUACAAGCAUCUUUUCAGUCUCUUGCCUUCUUCUACUUUUGAUGUCUUAUAUCACCAGUGAUUCAUGUGUUUUAUUUGGACUUUCACACCACACGUUGCAGGUGAUGCCUCCGGUUUUUUAGAUCACUGUAUUUGAAUGGGCAGAAAUCACAAAACAGUGGCUUCCGACCUUUUAGUCUUGCGACCUGAAACUUAAGCGCAACCCCUAACCCUGUCCCCCUUCUAAACCUCUCAUUACAUUUGAAUAAUAGCUAGAGGCUUAAUACUACCCCAUAUUUUACAAAAUAGCAGGAAUUACAGAAAAGUCCAAACACACAGACACAAAUUUAUGCAACAGAAUUCCCUUUCUUUUGAUCACAUUGACCAUGCAACCCAUCGGAGAGGUCUUGACUUCCAUGUUGGGAACACUGCAGAACACUGAAAAAUACCUUGAAUUUCCAAUAAACUAAUGAAUGAUCUGAAAGUCAUUUACUACAGAGGAAGUGAAGUGUUAAGAAAGGCUUCGGUCACCUCUUGGCAACUCUUCAGUUGGGUGGUUGUCACCACAUUAAAACCGUAAAGCCUCAAACCUCAAAUCCCAACAUUCAACUGAAGAUACAUAACGAGCAAAAAUAUCAAGCAGUGAAAACUACUGCAGAUAUUUAUAUCUUGAUACACUUGGCAUUGGUGGAAUGACUUAUCAUAACCAAAGUGUUAACUUCAGUUUCUGUUGUGACUGUUGUGAAAUUGCCCAGCCAGUUGAAACAGCUUGAUGUCUUGUGUGUGUGAAUGCAUUUUGAACAAAAGUCUAAAUAUUUUGGAACAUAUAAUUCUCCCAAAAUACCCCAAAAGGUGCAAAUUAAUACAAGUUUCAUAACUCUUUGUCGUUUAUGAAACAAUAUUGUUUUUCUGCUUAUUCAUCUACAGUACCGCAGAAACUUUCAUGUAACUGUUCUGUUGAUUUCCUCCUUUGGUCUUUCACUCAUUACUGUUAUUGCUGUGCUUUUUCUUUUUUAUUUGUAUCAAUCCUUCAAGAACAGACUAGCUCUGGUCCUGCUGCUCAAUGCAACUGAUAAUUAUGUAAAACAUUAAAUAUUUAGAUAUUUAUAUAUGUAAAUGUAAUUAUCGUAAAUGAAUACAUUUCAUUUGUAUGGCAUUUCAUUCAUAUUGAAAAUCAAAGUGCUCCAAUAUACAUACAACACACAACAUAAAUGAAGUAGUAACAAGGCUGUAUACAAUAGUGUGCUGUACUACUUCAUCAUGCUAUGUUUGUUGUGACUGACAUAGGUAAUGUAGUUUUGAGAAUGACUGAACAAACGAAAUGCAUUUUCUUUUGUCAUACUGUAUGUAUUUAAUUUUUUCUCCUUGCCUGCUAUUCUUUUUUUAAGCAGUUACAUUAAAUGCC